AUGGUCAUCCAGAUGCUGGAUGAUGGAGAGGCAGUUAUGGGGUUGGACUCAGAAUCUGAAAUCUCUGACAUCUCAGAUAAUGAGGAUCCAGACUAUUAUCCAGCUGGAGGUAUCGGUCGUCCACCUGGAAAUCUAACUCUUCUAACUGAAACAGAUCAAUCAGACACAGAAGAUUCCUCUGAUGAGUCCUCUAAAGAGGAAAGUGAAGUCCAAAUCAUGUCCAACAGAAUGAGUUGUAAGGGCUCUUACUGGAGCGAGUUACCUCCCACCCAGAGCAGAACACCUAGCCACAAUAUCCUGAGAAGUCGGUCAGGGCCUGCACCGGGGCUUGCCACCACCAUCUCACCAAAGGAUGCAUGGGAGCUCUUCAUCACUGAUAAUAUCAUACAAGAGGUGAUGAAGUGCACAAACUUUGAGGGACGGAGAGUAGCAACAGCUAGAGGAAAAGAGUGGAAAAAUAUCAACAAAGUUGAAUUAAUGGCCUUCAUUGGAUUGACCCUUCUUGCAGGAAGUGAGAAGAACUGGGAUGCACCAAUCCGUGAGCUGUUUGGAAGUCCUUUACAAAAUCCCAUGUACAAGGCCACUAUGGCUGUUGGAAGAUUUGAAGAUAUUCGCCGUGUCUUGCGUUUUGAUGACAAGAGGACCAGUGCCUUCCGACUGGAAACAGACCAUAUGGCAGCCUUCCGCUACAUAUGGGACCUGUUCCUGGUCAACUGCAGACAGCGAUUCAUCCCCAGUGAUUGUGUCACUGUGGACGAACAGCUUGUGCCAUUCCGGGGCAGGAGCAAGUUUUUGCAGUACAUGCCAAGCAAGCCCACCAAGUAUGGCCUAAAGAUCUUCUGGGUUUGUGAUGCACACAUCCCAUAUGCAAUAGAUGGGAUGGUUUACACAGGGAGACAACCAGGGGAAGAAGUUCAGAAGAAUCUGGGGGAAAACAUUGUCCAGCAGUUGUGCAGUAGAUUCAGAAACACAGGUCGCAACAUCACCACAGAUAACUUUUUCACCAGUGUGCCUCUUGCGCAGCAUCUCCUGGAAAUGGAUCUCACUAUUGUGGGGACUCUACGACAGAACAAGCCAGACAUCCCUCCUCUGAUGAAGGCUUCUAAGUCCAGGGAGGUUCACAGCACAGAGUUUGGAUUCAAUGGCAGCAUUACCAUGGCCAGCUAUGUCAGAAAGAAAGGAAUGGCUGUUGUCCUCCUGAGCACGAUGCACCACGAUAAAACGGUGGAUGAAAACAGCAGAAAGAAAAAACCAGAAGUCAUCACCUUCUAUAACAAGACCAAAGGAGGUGUUGACACCAUGGACCAGAUGGUUGAAAUCAUUCUUGUGAGGUCCAGAAUGUAA